UAUAUGUGUUACUUAAUUUCUAAGAAAAAUGACUGACGUUAUAGAGCUUCAGGAAAUAAAACCUACUCUCAUCUUGGAGCAUAGCAACUUUGUGGAGCAAGACAAUAUUGUGGAGCAAGACGAUAUUGUGGAGCAAGACGAUAUUGUGGAGCAAAACAAUAUUGUGGAGCAAGGCAAUAUUGUGGAGCAAGACAAUAUUGUGGAGCAAAACAAUAUUGUGGAGCAUAACAACUUGGUGGAGCAAGACAAUACUAUGGAGCAAAACAAUACUAUGGAGCAGAACAAUACUUUGGAGCAGAACAAUACUUUGGAGCAGAACAAUACUAUGGAGCAGAACAAUACUAUGGAGCAGAACAAUACUAUGGAGAAGAACAAUACUAUGGAGAAGAACAAUACUAUGGAGCAGAACAAUACUAUGGAGCAGAACAAUACUAUGGAGCAGAACAAUACUAUGGAGCAAAACAAUAUUGAGGAGCACAGCAUAAUUUUAGAACAAAACAACGUUAUUGAGCAAAAAAAUAACAUAGGGCACGAGAAAUUCAAGGAUAAGAAUCUGAACAAUGAUGCUGAAACGAAACAGUUUUCAUCUGAUAAAAGAAAUCGUUCAGUUUUUGAGAUUGAUUUAUCCGAAAAACAAUUUUGUGGGACUGGUCAGCAAAGACGACAUGGCAACCAUGCGGCGAGAAAGCACAGCGAUCAGCUGAUUAAACAAAAUGGCCAACAUCACCGCAGACCGUCAGAUCUGGCACUUUUAAGUAUAAACAGAGAUCUACAGGCCUAUUUGAAGCUUCACCAAAGAAUAUGUACGGAAAUGAAAACUCUUGAAGAGACGACCGUAGAUACAUUUGAAGAAGAAUAUCUGGAAGAUAAUAUCAGACUCAUGACUGCAAAAGGACGCAUUGAAAAUGAGCAGAAAUCACGAGAAAUUGAGAAUCUGUUUGCAGAACCAGAAUGCGAUGAGGAUGAGAGUACAUCAAGUGUUAGAGGUCUGAAGGAUGAGAAGGAUUAUGAGGAUGAGAAUGAGGAUGAGAUGACGGAUGAGGAUGAGGCUAAAAGUCGACAAAUGUUGCUGGAUAGGUGGAGGAGAGUUAGUUUGUUCUAACCUCAAUAUAUUCACUUUAUUUAUUCAUUUAUUUAUAAAUAUUUAUAUAAUCAAAUUUCAGACAGAAUCAGAA